AUAUUUAUCAAUCAGCUCACAUCAUAUGAGCCCAUCAUUAGCCCGCAUGAGCGAUAACGAUAAAGGUUUGAGAUCUUGGGUCACGGGAAUACUUGGUUAUUCAUUUAUUUUAGGAGAUUGACUAAAAAAUAGAAUUUUAUAUUUGUAAUUCGAGAACAUAAAUUUUUCAUUAUGGCAAACAAGAUCAAAGUAGGAAUAAUAUGUGGUUCAGGUUUGGGUAUUUUUAUAGAAGAAAUGUUUGAUUGUAGCAGUAUUUCAAAUUGUGAAGACAUAGAAAAUAUAUUUGGAUAUCCUACUAGCAAUCUUUAUCAUGGAUGUAUCCAUGGAGUGGAUGUAGUGUUAUUGUCCAGACAUGGCAAAGGACACUUAAUCGGUCCUACAGCAAUCAAUUACCGUGCUAAUAUAGAAGCAUUACGACUUGUUGGAUGUACUCAUAUAUUAGCAUCUACAGCAUGUGGAUCGUUGAUAGAAUCUAUUGGCAGAGGACAAUUAGUUGUACCUGAUAGUUUCCUAGAUAGAACUAAUUCUAGGAAAGGUACAUUCUAUGAUGGAACUUCUAGCAAAUACAAAGGAGUAUGCCAUAUGCCAAUGGAACCUGCUUUUGAUCCACGAACAUCAGAGGUCUUGGUACAAGCUGCAAAGAGAUUAGGAUAUAAUGUGCAGAAAGGCGGAACUAUAGUAACAAUUGAAGGACCACGCUUCUCUUCUAAAGCAGAGAGUAAAGCAUUUCGUCUUUGGGGUGGACAUUUAAUUAACAUGACUACGUGUCCAGAAGUAUGUCUAGCAAAAGAAGCAAAUCUUCUAUAUGCAGCUAUAGCAGUAGCAACAGAUUAUGAUUGUUGGAAAGACUCUGGCGAUAUUGCUCAUGCAGCUGAUGUUAUAGUUGUAUUUAAAGAGAAUGUUGCUAAAGUAUGGAACAUAUUGCGAGAAGCAGUAAAAUUAAUUGGUUCUCAAGAUUGGGAGCAAGAUAUUUCCGAGAUGAAGGCACUAAUUGAAAGUAGUAAUGUGUCGUCGAGCAGUUAGUAUUAUACGCAUUGGAUUAUAACAGGGAGUUUCUAAAUAGAACUUGCAAAAUAGAAUGAGGAAACUAUAUGCCACAUAUUUUUUUAAAUAUAUAAAUCAUAAGGUAAUACAUAAGACGUAAAUAUCAAUGUAUUACAACGAUUCUUUUAUCAUUUUUGACAAAUUUUCGUAAAAAUAUACAUAUAUAGGAAAGUUUUAUAUGAAUCUUCUCAUUACUCACAUGGUAAUUUUUAUAAUUAAAUGUACUGAAUACACAUGAAAGUAUCACAUAAAAUUACAUACUUACGAAGAUACAUGCUACAUUGUUUUAUAAUCAUAUAAUUUAUCACUUGGACACAUGGCUUUGAAUAUAUCUAUUAUUAUGCCUAUAGAUAGAUC